AUGACGAAGGAGGGUACCAAUGCUCGACGAGUUACCUUCUCGAAAUGCCAACCGGGGCUGUUCAAGAAGGCAGGUGAAGUAUCUACUCUUUGUGCCGUCGAGACGGCCCUCAUCCUUCUCUCUCCUAGAGGCAAGCCUUUCUAUCUUGGUCGCCCUUCUGUGGGUGCAGUCCUAGACAGGUCUGAGCGUCCAAAGAUGGCUUGUAUUGAUGCUAAUCAACGGGCACAAAUCGAUAGAGACCGAAACAUUGAGGAAAUAAAGAAACAAUAUGCCCAUCUGCUCGAUCAACUGAAAGUUGGAAAGGAAGGAGGUAAAGAGCUGGAUGAUAUUAAGGCCCUGCCAUUCGAAAAAUUCAGCUUCGCUGAGUUUAAGGUAUUCGAUGAAUGGCUGGAAGAUGUCGAGAAAGCGGUGGACAAGAGAAGGAUGGAGCUCUUGGCCUUAGAGGCGUCAAGUUCAACUCCACGCCCAAGAGCUGCCGAUGCCUCCAUCGGAAGCCAGACCGAUGAUGAACCUCGUAAUGCAGAAGCUGGAAAUGAGUAA